CUAACUAUGCCUUUUCGCCGAUUGUUGUUGAAGUUAUCUAAGUACCUUCUACAGCCCGAAUAUUGGUCAUCGUCAUAUAAUAAAGCUAAAGCACACUUACAAGCCUAAUAAUUGUAUUGUUCAUGUAAAGUACAUACUCAAGAAGUUCGGUCAUCUUCUUCUGGCUUUUACACUUUCACCAACCACGACCAACUACCCGUCAUCGUUUUAAGAAAUCAGAAAAACAUGUCGAUGCCCAGUGUUGACGAUGCCCUUUCUAUUGUCAUGGCAGCCUCAAUAUGCCAUCUGACCAGCGCCUGGAGUCGAAGUCCUGUCUCAACGUCGACGGCAAAAAAGACACUGAAGACCAAUACUGGAGCUUUGCAACAGUAGACGCCAGGGAAAUGCGUUGACUUUCAUCCAGUACAGGCACAGUUACACACAGUGGUAAAGAAUGACCGCCAGAGACGCACGAUGGUGAUGAUGAUGAUGAUGAUGAUGCUGAUGCUGAUGGUGGCCACUACUACAACUACUACAAGAUCAAGAGGCGAUCUGCGUCUUCUACAUCAACUACGAGUUCGUUGCGGAGAAGAUCUUCUUUAUUUUCCACUUUAUGCAACAUUCGUCCAUGGAAUAUGCUGCGUGGUCGGACAGCUUAUGACCCCGGCAAAAACUAUGGCAUCUCCUUCUAGCAAAUAGUGGAGAAGUCUUACUCGCAGUUUGAAAGUUCUUUCAGCCUCCUCUCCCUCUAAACACUGAAAAAGCAUCUGGUGUUGA